GGAAGCAGAAGUUGCGGAUAUCUGGCGCAUGCGCAAACAGACGGAUCGCAGCUGAACUUGUUUGGCGGACGACAAGAUGGCGUACUGGGCGACUGUCGCUUACUAAAGAAGUUUCACGAUCUAACGGUUAUUUGUAUUCUCAACGAUUCGUCUUUUUAAAGUACACGAAACUCAGGCUGAGUUUGGAGCGUUGGAGUGUUAUGUGAAGUGAAGAUUGAAGACGUGAUAGAUGAUGGACGACUACUGCUAUGCUAAGAUGGCGACGUCCGCUAAAAGAGAAAGUGAAAGAGAAUCAGCGCCACCAACGGAGAACAAUCUGAAAAGCGAAGAUGAAGGUGUCCAGCAGCUGAUCGGUAAUCCAGAAGAAGUUUCCCCUCAGUUCGGGGGGAGCUCCACUUUGAAGCAGGAGACUCCACAACCACCCUGCAUUAAAAAGGAAGAGGAGGAACUCUGCAUCACUCAGGAGGGAGAGUGUCUUCUAGGACGAGAGGAAGCUGAUUACACCAAGUUUCCACGGAGUAUUCUCUCCGUGAAGAUUGAAGAUGAUGAAGAGAAACCACAAGUAGACAACCUCUUAGCUCCACUAUCAGAUAGUGAGGCUGAAGACGAGGUUGAAGUAACUUUGAGCAGCGAUACAGACUGUGAAGGUGAUAUGAGGACUCACACUGACAACAAACACUCUGAAUGCUCUACAAAGAAGAAAAGUAAAAAUUGUUUCAGCUGCUCAGUUUGUGCUAAAAGCUUUCCUAAAAACAGCCAAUUAACUUAUCACAUGAGAACACACACAGGAGAAACACCAUUUACUUGUCCAUUUUGCUGUAACAGCUUUUCUCAAAAGAGCAGUUGGACCCGUCACAUGAAACUGCACACAGGAGAAAAACCAUUUAAUUGUUCUGUUUGCGGCAAAAGCUUUUCUCAAAAGAGCAAUUGGGCGUCUCACAACAGAACACACACAGGAGAAAAACCGUAUAGUUGUUCCGUUUGUGGUAAAGGUGUUGCCAGAAAGAACCAUUUGACUGAACACAUGAGAAUGCACACAGGAGAACAACCAUAUAACUGUUCAGUUUGCGGUAAAAGGUUUUCUCUACAGGGCAGUUUGACGCAACACAUGAGAACACACACAGGAGAAAAAAAGUUUACUUGUUCAGUUUGUGGUAAAAGCUGUUCUCAAAGCACCCAUUUGACUGGACACAUGAGAAUACACACAGGAGAAAAACCCUUUAAUUGCUCAGUUUGCUGUAAACGUUUUUCUCAUAGCAGUGGUUUGAGUCAACACAUGAGAAGGCACACUGGGCAAAAAACUUUUAACUGUUCAGUUUGUCCUGAAAGCUUUUCUCUCAAGGGCAAUUUCACACAACACAUGAAAACACACGCUGGAGAAAAAAUAUACAGCUGCUCAGUUUGAAUAAAGAUGAAGUUAAAAGAAAGUGUUCAUAUUUAUCACUCAGGUCUAAGAGAGCACAAUCUGAAGGUUCAAUGUGCACAAUUGAAUAUCUUAGUUGUUCAGACUGUAAUGUGUGUGUACAAGUUUAGAUUAGAUGAUGAGGUAAUGGGUCCCAUUUUUAUAGUCUUUGGUAUGACUCGGCCGGGGUUUGAACUCACGACCUACCCAUCUCAGGGUGGACACUCUAACCACAAGGCCACUGAGUAGGCUUCUUCAGGAAAUGAACAGCAUUACUAGUCUGGGAAUUUAUCUCAGUGCA